AUGCGGCUUGUCGGAUCUCAGUCUCAAGACAUGGAAGAGCGUCUCUCCCCAUCUGCCCGCUUAGUUCUCAGUCCUGGAUCCCAGACCAGAAUUCACAGCAUUGAGUCAAUUUUGGGAUUUAAAGGAGAGGAUAUGUUCCACCCAGCGUUUUCCUAUGGAUCAGGAAGACCCGUUAAAAACACUGAACUCUCCGGCGUUUUGUCGUCCCCGAAAAAGGACCCCAAUAACACCAAAAACUUUACAGGUGUCUAUAGAUCUGGUGCCGUGGUCAGUCCAGAUCUGCCGGACGGAGAUGGCAAAUUAUCGGACGAUGAAAAUCCCAAGAAAAAGCACCGGAGGAACCGGACCACGUUCACCACCUUUCAGCUGCACGAGCUCGAGAGGGCGUUUGAGAAGUCGCAUUAUCCCGACGUGUACAGCAGAGAGGAGCUCGCGCUCAAGGUCAACCUGCCAGAGGUCCGAGUUCAGGUGUGGUUCCAAAACCGUCGCGCUAAGUGGCGCCGUCAAGAGAAACUGGAGGUGAGCUCCAUCAAGCUGCAGGAGUCCUCAGUGCUCUCCAUCCCCAGGUCCGGGCCACUGUCUCUGGGAGGUGGUCUCCAGUUGGAGCCCUGGCUCACCGCACCCAUUUCCUCCUCCACCUCACCCCUGCAAUCCCUACCUAGCUUCAUCACCACCCAGCAGGGUGUACCAGCUAGCUACAACCCUCCACAAUUCCUCAGCACAUCUAUGCUCAACCAUUCUCUGCCCCAUAUAGGGGCAGUGUGCCCCCCUCCCACAUAUCAGUGCUCUGGGUUUAUGGAUAAAUUCACACUGGAAGAGGCAGACCUACGAAACACAAGCAUCACAUCACUCAGAAUGAAAGCUAAAGAACACAUCCAGUCUAUAGGGAAGACAUGGUAGAAUGAGACUUAUGCAGAGACAAUCAAAGACUUUGGAAAAAAUGGUGCAUGUCCUAUAACCUGCAGUAUAAGAGACAUUGGAGCCGUCAUUCAAGAAUCAAGGAGAAGUGAUCCCGAGAUCUAUUUGUGGUUAGGAUAUCUCCCUGAGUUGUUCAUUGUGGUUGACAAUCUUUGUAAAAUAAUUUAAUUUGGCUUUGUGUACAAGUCUUUUUUCUUUUCUUUUUAUCCUGAGUUGAUUUCAUAGAGUGACUUGAUAAUCUUCCCUUUAAAUUCUAAUAGACCAUCAGACUCUUUAGUGUGACCACAAAAAGUGUACCGGAUUUAAAGAUGAGUAAACUAAAUCAUGUUUGCUUUGCUUAUUUUAUUUCAUUUUAAUCAACAGUCUCUCAAUACA